AGCCCAUGUAUAAAUAGGUAUCUCGCGUUAUAUCAACCUAUGAGCCAUAAGCAAGAAACAUAAUUGAAUCCAACAUUGAUAUCAAUCAUGCCCAGAGAUAGAUCAGAUCCUCUUGUUGUUGGGAGAGUUGUAGGGGAUGUUUUGGAUCCCUUUACAAGGUCCAUCUCUCUCAGAGUGUCCUACAAUAACAGGGAGGUUACCAAUGGCUGUGAGUUCAGGCCUUCCCAACUUGUCAACCAGCCUAGGGUUGAUAUUGGUGGGGAUGAUAUGAGGACUUUCUACACCUUGGUUAUGGUUGAUCCUGAUGCUCCCAGCCCAAGUGAUCCGAACCUUCGAGAGUACUUGCAUUGGUUGGUAACUGAUAUUCCAGCAACCACUGGGGCAAGCUUUGGACAAGAAGUUGUGUGUUAUGAAAAUCCGGGACCAUCAAUCGGCAUUCAUCGUUUCGUGUUCGUACUGUUUCGCCAGCUGGGGAGGCAGACAGUUUAUGCACCCGGGUGGCGUCAGAACUUCAACACCAAGGACUUUGCUGAGCUUUACAAUCUGGGGUCGCCGGUGGCUGCUGUUUACUUCAAUUGCCAGAGGGAGACUGGGACCGGUGGACGGAGAGGAUAACUGCGGAGAAGGGAAUGGAAUUAUUAGUCUAUAUAUAUAGUUGGAAGUGAUUACUGUCAGUGGGAAGGAUAUAUAAUACUGAAGGAAGCUAGUAUAAAAUAAUUACGGUGUUCACUUGCAGCUUUAUCUAAGUAGUAAGCGAAGCAGUAUUGUAUGGGAUAUAUAUAUAUAUAUAUAUAUCUAAAUAUAUGUAAUAACAUCUUUAACAAAAUGAAUAAAACAUAGCUACAUAGGAUUGUAGCACUAUUAAAUAUCCAAUUGGCAG